AUGGCACUUCCUUUAGUUUACCAAGUUGCAAGUGUUAAAUCAGAAUGGAAUUGUAUCAAAACUUUCCCAAAUUUGUCUGGCACAGGUAAGGCAAGUUGUGUAAAAUUUGGUCCGGAUGCAAAAUAUUUAGCUGUAGGAUCAAUGGAUAGAAACCUCCGCAUUUUCGGCCUGCCUAGAGAGGAUGGUCCAUUAGAAUCAUAAGGCACCUUCAAGUUGCCCUAUCUGGGA